AUGGAACCCUCUCAGUCCAUGACGAAUGGCUCGUCGAAUCAUCAUGAUCCUUCACCUCCUGCCGAGCCGCCUGCAUCUACUUUCGACCCAGAAAUCUUUCGUCGGUAUCUGGAAAGUCUUUUGCCGCCUGUUAUUGGCGCCAAAAUAUCGGAUCUUGACUCGUUAUUCGAUGAGGAGUUUGAUGAACGCGUCAGUCGCUUCGCUUCUGAUACAGGUGGUGUAAUAUAUGUUGUACAAGUGAAAGAAGAAACGGAAGGCGACGAUGGCUCGAAUACGACAUAUACAUAUCAUCUUACGCCUCAACUCAUGUAUCACCCUUCACACGUAACAACACUCGCGCUCAUUAAACGCGGACCAACACUCGACCCAACAACACCGCUUGCUACCCAACUUCAUUUUCUAAAUCUAUUUGGAGGCGAUGAAACACCUUAUGAGAGCUUACACGCUGUGGUUAGCUGUGGUGUUAAGCCUUGGUUUGAUGCUUUCGUUGGAGCGAGGGGAGCGGGCAAAGAUGGCGGAGACACCAAAAUGGGCAUUCCUAUGACCAAGAAAAAGUUUGCGGAACUUGAGUUGUCCUUAUUGCACCUCCAGCAAAAUGUCGAAAUUCCAGAGACACACCUAAUCAUUCACCCUAUCAUCCAGCGGGCCGUGGAACAGGCACAUGCUGCCGGCCAGAGACCAAACAUUUCCAACCUCCCACCUAAACUACUCAACGACAGUUCUUUCCUUAAUAUGCUACACAACCACGUCAAUGCAUGGAUCAAAUCUAUCCAGUCUGUCACCAAAUUAACUCGCGAUGUCUCUUCAGGAUCCGCAUCCCAGGAAAUCAACUUUUGGUUAAGUUUAGAGAGGGCAUUGGAGGCGAUUGAGGCGCAGCUUCGGAGUGACGAGGUCUUGAUGGUCAUGGACUGUCUUCGCAACGCGAAACGUUUCCGUGCUACUGUCAGUUUCAUGGCUGAUACAGGGUUGACAGACGCUACUGACAUGGUACACAAAUAUAACCAGCUCAUGAAAGAUUUCCCUCUCAACGAGCUUCUAUCUGCAACUGACCUGGACAAAGUUCAAGAAUCUCUCGUGCUUAUCUUCGGCCAUAUCAACCGCAAGCUACGUCUCUCGCCCUACCCUAUCCGACGUGCGCUGCCGCUCGUCGAAGCCAUCUCGCGUGACUUCAACGAACAGCUGUUGCGUAUUCUCACCUCACACCGUUUGCCAUACACACCUUAUGAUACAUUCGAGCGGCUGCUGUCGCAGACGAUGAACAUCUUCCGCACAUGGGACGACCAGAUCAAAGAGUUCACAAAUGUCGCGCGUGAGGUGACGAGGAAAAGAAAUGAGCGGUUCAUUCCGAUUAAGGUUGUGCCGGCCCACCUCAAGUUACAAGAGAGGACGAGGUACCUGAGGGAUUGGAGGAAGCAGCAUGAACAGCUGGCAGUGAUGACGGGACCGACGAAGGGCCUUGGAGGAGUUGGUAUGGAAGUUGGUGGUAUGGACAUGGAGGAGGAGGUUAAGGAGGCCUAUGAGGUUGUGAAGAGGGUUGAUGUACUGGACGUCAGUGUCGAGGGGACGGAGAUUUGGGUUGCUGCUGAAAACGCGUACAAUGAGCGUGUAUCAAGGGUGGAAAACCAGAUCAUUGCUCGUUUGCGAGACCGACUUGGGACAGCUAGGAACGCUAACGAGAUGUUCCGUGUUUUCUCGAAGUUCAACGCACUCUUUGUGCGAGCCAAGAUUCGGGGUGCUAUUCAAGAAUAUCAGACACAGCUCAUUGAUUCUGUAAAGGAAGAUAUUAAACAUCUACACGAAAAAUUCAAAACGCAAUAUCGCUUCUCCGAAGCGUACCAUAUGUCCCAGAUGCGCGACCUUCCACCCAUCGCAGGUGCCAUCAUCUGGGCGCGCCAAAUCGAACGACAGCUUCAGACAUACAUGAAGCGCGUCGAAGACGUCCUCGGAAAAGGCUGGGAGCACUACGCCGAAGGCCAAAAACUUCAGUCCGAAAGCACUGCCUUCCGCAAAAAGCUCGACACGCGCCCGGUAUUCGACGCGUGGAUGCAAGACAUCAACCGACGCAACAUGGGCGUCGACGGUCGGCUCUUUGAGAUCGUGCGCCUGCGCGGUGGCGGAUUCCAGCUCGCGGUGAACUUUGACCCCCAGAUUAUCACGCUGUUCAAGGAAGUGCGGAAUUUGCUGUGGUUGAAUUUCCAGGUGCCGCAUACGAUCUCUAAUAUGGCGAAGGAUGCGAAGAGGGUGUAUCCGCAUGCAGUGAGUUUGAUGGAGACGGUGAGGACAUAUGGGCAGACGCUGGAUUUGGUGGAGAAUAAUAAGGGCAUUGAGUGGUUGGUCGCGGAAUAUAGGAAUGAGUCGCAGAGGAUGAUCAGCAAGGGUAUGAACAUUCGAUGGGAUUAUUUUGUUAACCAAUAUGAUACAUCAAGAUAUGUGCCCAGCUCGGACGGGCGGGACAAUAGGCAUAUCCAAUUUGUUCGCGAAUUUGCUAGCAUUGUCUCGGUUCUUCAGGACAAAACCAACAAUGUGAUUGAUCUGUACAAAGACAUUCUUCGGGCCGUAGAGGAUCUCGCUACUUGCUCAUACACUGCUGAAGCAUUUUCAGAACUGCUAAGCAAGAUUCAAGGCGCGAUUGAUCGACUGAAUUUGGAAGGAUAUGCCAAUCUUGACUACUGGGUCGCGGAAUUAGACAAGCGGAUAGAGACUAUCCUUCUCCAGCGACUUACACAUAUCAUUCAAGUUUGGUGUUCUGAGUUUGAUCGCACGGAUGACGGCGAUACGAGACGGGAUAUUGCAUCCACACGAGAUCUGACGAACAAACGAAGAGAUAAGAGGAUGAAGGAAGAGAAGUUCUUGGAAGGAAAUAUGACAGUCAAGCCGAUCGUUCAUGAAAUCCGGAUACAGAACCAAGUUAUCUUCCUGGACCCCCCGAUAGAGUAUGCCAGAGCGACGUGGAUCAAGCAGCUCCAUGAUUGGCUGGGCGUUGUAUGCCGAUUGCGUCGCAUUCAAAGUUCACGAUAUGAGAUUGGGUUGCAAAUGCAAGGUGCUAGCGCGGUCGAGACCACAUACACGUCCCUUCUAACCCGCUUCCCCGAUAACACACUUGAGCGACCAUUCUCCUUGAUCGAGAUUAAAGUCCAGCACAUCAAAGACUAUGUUGGCAAAUGGCUUCAAUUCCAGUCAUUGUGGGAUCUAGAAGCGGAAUACGUGUUCAACCGGCUAGGAGACUCACUAGCCAACUGGCAACAACUGCUGACAGAAAUCAAGAAAGCACGCACAACAUUUGAUACCUCCGAAACACAGAAAUCGUUCGGAGUGUGUGUGAUUGACUACGAGCAGGUGCAGGCGAGGGUGAAUGCCAAGUAUGACUCUUGGCAGAGGGAUAUUCUGAGUCGGUUCGGAGUCAAGUUGGGUAAUGCGAUGAAGGAGAUGCAUGCCUCGAUUUUGAAGGCGAGAAACGACCUCGAGCAUCACUCAAUCGAAGGUUUGAUUGGUGGUGGUGGUGGCGCAGGUGCUGCAGGCGCCAGAAGAUUCUGA